AUGUCUUCAAAAGAGAAAAUUUCUAAUGCAUUUAAUACAUUUGUAAAUAAGUAUUUAGUUAUGACAUCUAUUAUUGUUGUCUUUUUACUUACUGGUACAGCUACAACAAUUUUAUCAAAAACUGCUUAUCAAUUAAAAGCAGAAGGUAAAGAUAAUGACGUUCAUUAUUUUAUUAAACCGUUGUUUUUAAAUUGGGCAAUGUUUUUAGGAAUGACUCUUUGUUUAAUUCUUUAUUUUAUUCAAUUUCAUAUCCUCCCAUUAUUUAAAAAAGAUUUAAAGAGUGAAAAAGAGUCAAUGACAUGGAAAGGAUUUUUAUUAAUGCUUAUUCCUGCUUUUUGUGAUUUCUUAGCAACUUAUUUAAUGAAUUUUGGAUUGAUCGUUGUUCCAUCUAGUGUUUUCCAAAUGAUGAGAGGAAGUAUUAUUGUUUUUACUGCAAUAUUAGCUGUUUUUUAUCGUAAACAUAAAAUGUAUGUUUUUGAAAUAAUUGGUGUUAUUAUUAUUGUUGUUUCUCUUGCAGCAAUUGGAAGUGCUGCUUUCUGUCCUGGAGCUCAACCAGAUGUUGUUGAGACAUCUUCAGGUGAUUCAUCAAGUAACACUGAUGGACCAAAAGUAUAUCCAUGGUAUGCUACUCUUAUUGGUAUUUCACUUAUUUUAAUCGCCCAAUUCCUUCAAGCUUUCCAAACUAUUCUUGAAGAACAAUUCCUUCAUGACAUUAAAGCUCCUGUUAGUUUCAUUGUUGGUCUUGAAGGUCUGUAUGGACUUAUUAUUUGUUCUAUUAUGAUGCCAAUUAUGGGAUUAGAUUUUAUUCCAAAAGGAUUAUAUGAAGAUACUUUAGAUACUUUCAUUAUGUUAGGUAAUUCUGCUGCAUUAAUUUGUAUUACUAUUGCCUACGUUUUUUCAAUUUUAGCUUUCAAUGUAACAGGUAUGAUGAUUACUGAUUACGUUAAUGCUAUGGUUAGAAAUGUUAUGGAACCAAUGAGAAUGAUUACUAUUUGGAUAUGUUCAGUAUUCUUGUAUUAUGUUGUUGACCCAGACAUUGGAGAGAAAGUUGGAUGGUUUACAUUUAUUGAAGUAUUUGGAUUUAUAUUCCUUACAGGAGGUUUCUUAUUAUAUACAAGAGUUAUUAAGAUUCCUAAAUUAUUUAAAUAUCCUUCAAAUGAAGAAGUUACUAUUGAAGAGAAAAAAGAAGAAGAAAAAGAACCAUUAUUAUAUUCAAAUUAA